AUGAGCGAAGUCAAUGUUGCUAACCAUGUAUUGGAGUCCAUCCUCAAAGAUCUGUCGUUUCUGAAGGAUAAUAAUUUCCUGCCACAUCAAACAUAUAGAGAUGUGGUGGCCAUGCUACCAAAUCGCAUCAGUAACCAAAGCAGCACAGCAGACACAUCAAAACCUCCUUUACCGACUCGCAAAUCAACGAGCUCUACAACUAAUAGCAUUAACCCGCCGGUAAUCCAGCCUCGUGAGAUGCCUUCUUUCCCUAAGCUACCUGCAAGACGUACACCUGAUUGGCAAUCACCACAACAGCAACAUCACCAAGCACCACAACAGUUAGUGGGCAUGGUCAUGCCAUCAGUAACAAAGAAUAUCUUGCACUCUGAGCCAGAGAAAUCCACGCCUCCUCCUCCUGCUUAUACUCAAAAACCCACUACAGAGCCUCCAUCAUUAGCCACUGCUGAAGCUUUAUAUGAUUACAAAGGGGAAGACCCUUCUACAGAUUUAUCUUUCAGACAAGGCGAUAUCAUAGAAGUUACUGAAUAUGUAAAUGAUGAUUGGUGGAAGGGAUCAGUGAAUGGAAAAUCAGGCAUCUUUCCUCAAAAUCAUGUAAAAAAGAUACCACCUCCUAUCAAAGCCAAACGCCCCUGGGUCCCACCCACAGCAGCCAAGCCAUCAUUUUCAACCAGCAGCAGUACAUCCAAUACCCCUCCACAGCAACACGCUCCCAUGAAUAAUACCACAAUGCCAUACAGUUAUCCUCCUCCUCCAACGGCCAUGUAUACACCUCCACCCGCUCAACCACCUAUCCAAGCUUAUGGCCAACCAGCAGCUGUACCUGUGGUUGCAAAUAGCAAUGAACAGCAUGGAGAAGGCGGCAGUGAAAGUAAGGUAAAGACCAUGGGCUCCAAGUUUGGUAAGCAGGUAGGAACGGCAGCCAUGUGGGGUUUCGGUGCUACAAUCGGUAGUCAAGCUGCAAAUGCGAUUUUCUAA